AGAAGGCCCUGCUUUCCUGAGCCCGAAACUGCGGACCAACGUUCAGAACUAGCCCAGGCAGGCAGGCCGGUUGGAAUUGCCUUUAGCCAAGGCCAAGUUUUGCAACAGCCUUUGUUCCUCUAUCCAGAUGUCCAAGACACUAUCUACUAGAAUCUCCAAGAAGAUGACUUACAACAUGCCCAAGAUUGCUCCUGACCACGCGGUGAAUCCUUUCCACUUGUCUGGAGACCUGGAUUUCUUCGCUCUCAGAGAUCAGGAGUGGUAUAAGUCUCGCUUAGAGCGGGAGCGAAAGAAGACCCUGCCGUUGCACCUAAAGACGACCUACUCGUCCGAGGCGUCAGCCAAGGACAGAGGCCUGCUCCGAGAGCUGCAGCGGGGCGAGGAGAUGCAGGACCAGGAGGUGCGCGCCGAGGCCGAGCGGCUUCGCUCCUUCCACCACAACACGGCGUGGAAGCUCGCCACGACCAAAGAAAAGAAGAUGGAACCUGAUAACUUGCAUCAAUACAUCAACCGGAAGCGGCAGAUAUUCCGCCUCCAGUACGCCAUGGACAUGAAGCAGAAGGAGAUCCAGGGGCUGGAGCUGCUGAUGACCGAGGAGGAGGAGAAGCUGGAGCAGGCCGAAAGGGCCCUGGAGAAUGACGCCUCCCGAUUCGAGGAGUUCCUGCGGGAGACCGAUCAAAGCUCCAUGCAGGCCCUGAAAUCGGUUGAGAUGGAGGCCAAAGCGAAGGUACAGAAGAUCACGGAGAUCCAGAACCUGACCACCCAGAUGAACCACAUCAAAAGUGAAAUCGCCAAAUUUGAAGACACUUUGCAGCAUUACAAGGUCUACAGGGACUUCCUAUACAAGGUGUCGCCCAAAGAGUGGUUGGAAGAGAAGAAGAAGAAGCGAUUGGCUCUCCAAAAGGCCAAGGAGGUCCCCAAGGCCCCCGCAGAAGACAAAGGGGGGCAGGGCCCAAAGAAGUUCAAGAAGUUUCUGGAUAUGGCCCGCCUGGGGCACAUCAUGUCCAGCACCGUGAGCCUCCGGAAGAAAAGCCAGCCCAGUCUGUAUAGCGAUCUGGGGUCCAAAAGGUCAAGCUCUAUGAGCACUGCGACAGAGGAUCUAGACAGCGACGGAGAGGAGUCGGAGCUGUACUUCACAGAGCCCCAGCAGCUCCUGGACAUCUUCAGGAUGCUUGAGGAGCAGAACCUGUCGCUCAUCCAGAACACUCAGGACAUGGACGAGACCCUGGAGGACCUGAACCACACCCUGAAGAACACCCAGAUCCGCAUGGAAAGGGAAGUCAACCAGCUGAAGCAGUUGAUCAACAUACUGAUGAUGUCCAUCGCCAGGGAAGAGGAGAAGAUCUCCGAGCUGCAGCUCAAAGCCCGAGUCUUUCACUUCGGCGAGUACAAGGGCACUCAGGAGGACAAGCUUCUGGAAGGCCUGAACCGCAAGGUGCUGGAGGUGUACCGGCACUGCCCCGGCAUCCAAUCAGAGUCCAACCCGGGCACCGUGCAGAUGCUGACCAUCAUCGAGCACUACCUGAAUGAGCUGCUAGAAAACCUGGAGCACGUGCCCCAGGUCAUUAUCGAGCAGGCCGAGGCGGCCAGGGAGAAGGAGCGUCGCAUGAAAGCCCGUGAAGAGAAGAUCCUGAUGCAGAAGCAGCUGCAGGAAGAGCGUCUGCAGCGGGCCCAGGCUCGGGCCCUGGCAGAGAUCAAGAAGAAGAGAGGCAGGAGGCUGAUGCAUCGCUCCCAGCUCCCAGACCUAAAGUCAAAGGAGCCUGAGGACAUGCUGAUGGACAAGGACAAGGAGGAGCAGCUGCUGUUCUUCACCUAGCCCUGAGCUCUGCCCGCAGUGCGGCAGAGAGCAUGGCCAACGCAGUGGGCUCGACUCGGCUGUGGCUGUCGCAGGACCGCGUGCCUCCCCUCAACCCCCCCCUCCCCCGGUCUCCUGCUGUAUGUUCCCUUAAUUGGUGUGAAAUAAACUCUCCUUCUCCAGUGUC